CCAACAAGACGAAAAUUGCAUGACCAGCAACUCCUUGACCGAAACAUACACACCAGCGAGGCACAUCUCCGAACUGAACCCCAGAUCUCCAAAUAGGCAAAUACCGCCCGCGUCUCCAAAAUUCACACCACUCCUGGCGGGGGAUUUCAAGGCCGUGCGGUCGGAGACUGCAGUCUUGGAGGGACAUGCGGUUUUGGGAAUUUUUGUCGGUCCUUUGAAGUUAAUUGCUACCCCACAAAGCUUGGUCCGAAAUCAGGUCGAUUAAUUGCUACCCCACGCCUACAUGGCGCACUGACUUAGAACACACCUACCACCACCACCCGCAUACCAAAAGUCUAACCCAACAAAACCUCCCCAAACCCUAAUCCUAAUACACCACCACCCCACCACCAUCACUGCCAAAGCCUAACCCUAAUAAACGAAAUGACCAGCCCCUCUCCUCCCACCACCACCAACAAUAGCACCUUCAAGAAGCCGCAACCCCUGCCAUGGACGCACGAGGAGACGGUGCAUCUGAUCCAGGCGUACCAAGAGAAGCUGUGCGCCGUGAGGCGCGGCCAGCUCAAGUCAUCGCAGUGGGAGGAAGUGGCUGUUACCGUCUCUGCCCGCUGCGGUUACGACCACAACGAGCCUUCCUCCAAGUCUGCCCUCCAGUGCCGCCACAAGAUUGAGAAGCUCCGCCAGCGCUACCGCUCCGAGUCCCAACGCUCUGGGCCCCACUCUUGGCCCUACUUCCACCUGAUGGACUCCCUCGAACGCGGGCCCCUCCCCCCCAUCUCUGCCUGCCCCAUCUCCCACAUACCACCACCGCACGAUCAUGACUCCGAUCACGAAGAUGAUUCCGAUCGCCGGAAUAGGUUGCAGAGUAUCGAUUACAUACUCCGCCGACCUUCUGUUGUCAAUAGGUUUUCGGGGAAAAGGCGGAGAGAGGAAUUGGCACAUGUUGAUGAUGGUGGUGAUGAAGAGGAGGGAGGGAUGGGGAGAGGGCUAGUGUCGGAGUUGGCGGUGGAGAUAAGGGCAUUUGCGGAGAGGUUUAUAGGGAUGGAGAAUUUGAAGAUGGAGGUGAUGAAGGACACAGAGAGGUUCAGGAUGGAGAUGGAGAACAAGCGGAUCGAGUUGAUUCUUGAGUCGCAGCGGAGGAUUGUUGAUUCCAUUGAGAGGACCUUUGGCUCGCCCUAGAGGCAGGGCUACUUCGAGUACUUGCAUUGUCAGGCAAACCCCAGACCUGUGCAAAAUGCCCCUCCACACGGAUCAGGUAAGACUCCAGCUUCACCGGCGCAACAGCUGUUUUGUGGCUGCCUGCCAUUGUAAUGGCUUCAAGUAUUCCUUCUCUUAGGAAACCCUUUAACUCUAUGCCAGCUGAAGGUGGAGUGACAAAUCGAAAUAAUCUUUGGGUUUACUAUGUUGUGAAGUACCCAUGAUUACUGAUUAGAGUUGGGGGAAAAAAAAGAAAAGAAAGAAAAAUGAUGGAAGUUCUCUUUGUACACAGAUUCGUCAGUAUUCAACCAAUUACAUCUGACAAAUCUGGAACUGUCGAAAUUGUUUGAAGUUUAUACAUUAUGUACAAA